AUGAAGUCUAAGUAAGUGAUACCGAAGGGGAAACAUGCUUUCGAUUGCAAUGGGUAAACCUUUAUUGUCGAUGACAAAUAUCAAUUCAUAAAGCAGAUUGGACAUGGAGCUUACGGAGUGGUGUGUUCAGCUUUAAAUAAGAAGAGUCAACAAUUAGUGGCGAUCAAAAAAAUAUCAGAUGCAUUUUCAGAUCUGAUUGAUGCUAAGAGAAUAGUGCGUGAGAUUAAACUGUUAAAAUUCUUCGAUCACGAGAAUAUCGUUUCACUACUUGAUUUGCAACGACCUGACCCAUCCACAAAAUUACAAAGACAUAUACAUCAUUACUGA